AUGUCGACCCCCUCUACGCCAUCUACGAAAAACCGCAUCGGCCUCGGCCUCAACCGUCCACGUCCCUCACACCUCAACACGCCGUUCGCGAACGCUUCAGCAAACACCUUUUACAACAACAAUAACAACAGUAGCAACAACAACAGCGGCCUGCCGCCCGCUCCAAGUUAUACAAGCCAGUCCUCCAACGGGCCCCUGCUGUCGCCAAGUACUAUGCUGGCCCGGAAGGCCUCGCUGAACCAGUUGACACAGAACUCUUUAGCAUCGAUACCAGACGGGACCAUGGGGUACGGGCUUGGCCUAGGAAGUCCUACGAGAAGCAUGUCGAGGGGUGGUGAUGAUGGCCUGAGAGCGCGAGGGAGAGGAACACCGGUUGCGGGGGUUGACGUCGAUGUUGGGGAUCAGGUCAACACCCCCGGAGGCAUGCAUGGGACGGUGAAGUUCAUUGGGACCGUCAAGGGGAAGGCGGGUGUGUUUGUGGGUGUGGAGUUGGACCCUGAUAUGGCAGGUCGGGGGAAGAACGACGGUGCAGUCGACGGUGUACGUUACUUCACCACCGCACACCCAAACUCGGGGAUCUUUGUGCCACUCGCGCGCGCACAGAAGCGAAACUCCGCGUCCUCCUCGAAUCCCCCACCAACACCAACACUCCUCGGGCUCAACUCCCCUACCGGGACCUCCGCGCUUUCACCACCUAGCUACCCUACUCCCCGGCGCGCCGAGUCACCUUUCGGCUACAACAAUAACAACGGCGCCCGAAGCGGCAUCGGCCUCGCGCCCUCAUCCCGCCCAUCUCUACCGCGACCGGAAAGCCCUGUCCGCAAAACCACACCCGCUCCCGCCGCACGAGGCCUGCAACCUCCGGGAACGCCACGAAAUGUCUCUUCGGCCAUGGGAGGGAGAUUUGGGGGCCCAAGUCAGAUGUCGGGAAAGAUAAACUACGGUAGACCGAGGGCAAGCAGUAUCGCUUCUACAGUAAACGGUGGGCCGGCACAUCCGGAGCGUCCUGGAACUGCCACUGGAUUCUCUGGCCCUACUCCCAGGAUCUCACACACGCCGAAGCACUCGGGUUCGUCACUGGGCCUGAAGCAGCCAAAGAAUUCGGGACAGAGCGGGCUGCGGAGUGGAUCAUCAAUGGGAAUGCGCUCCAUCAGUUCAUUAGGGCAACACCCGGAGAGGCAGCAGCAGGAAGGUUUACAAGAGGAGACUUCGCAGGGCGAUUCGGGAAUUGGGCUAGUUCACGCGGAGGAAAACGAGUACGAUAAUGCCAGCGGAGGCGUAAGCAAUGGGUCUACAUCGGCGCUGGAGGAUCAACUAGCCCAAAGGGAUCGACAGCUGCAGGAGCAGGCUGCGCAGCUCCUUGAAAUGGAGGCGUCAUUCUCAGAGCUGCAAACAUUAAUCCAAAGUGCGCAGGUACAACCGCCGCCAGUAACAUCUCCGAUAUCCAUACGGAGCGGUGCUUUCGACGAUGCAGAUGCAACACAGCUACGGGCGUUACUGAGGGAGAAGACAGAGAGGAUCCAGGUUCUUACUGCCGAGUUCGACGCACAUCGUGCUGACUUUAGAAGUACGAUCGAUACCCUGGAGCUUGCCUCUACCGAGACAGAGCGUGUAUACGAGAUCAAAGUUCAAGAACUCAUGAACGAGAUCCGGGAGCUACAAGAGCGAACUGAGGAUGUUGAGAGUGUCGCCCGUCAACUCAAGCAGCUUGAAGAAUUGGUAGCAGAGCUUGAAGAGGGUCUCGAAGACGCACGCAGAGGUGAAGCAGAAGCCCGCGGCGAAGUAGAAUUCCUUCGUGGUGAAGUAGAACGCUGCCGCGAGGAGCUCCGCCGCGAGAAGGAGAAGAGCGCUGCUGCGGUAGCGAACGCUGCCGUAGGGAAGCUUAUGCGUCCCGGCUCCGUUGAUAGCGAGGUCGAGAAGAAGGACGAUGAGAUCCGCGGGCUGAAGGCAAUAAUCCACUCGCUUUCGAGGGACGCUGUUCCGGCUGAAGAUGGAAGCCAUGCCGUACACCUGGGGGCUCUCCGCCGUGUCAAUGGUGAAAUUGGCGACGGGGAUGAACUGACAAUGGAGCGCAACACCCGCGAGAAAUUGGAGCGUGAGGUCAAUGAACUCCAGGGCCUGAUUGACCGCAAGGCCUCCCGUGAGGACGAACUUGAAAAGGAGAUUGAGUUCCUGCGGAAACGCAAGGAGACCCGCGCGUCCGGUGCUUCGGGCUCCAUCUCGGAGAAGACAGCACCAGGCAUCGUCGGCUCGUGGGGCCGCAACUCUGGAGAGCGCCAUAGACCAUCAUUCUCCGCUGCAGACACCGAGACUGCUACUACCACCACUGCCAGCGAACGGGAAUCACGCGGAACCGUCGGCAGCUGGCGAAGGGCCAGACAAAGCAGCGCAAGCAGCAUGGCUGGUGCCGAAAAGGAGGAGUCCGUUCCUGCAGCUGUUGUCAGCAGUGGCGCGCUUGCACCCAUUACUGCCGAGGGCUCCGAUGCGGAGGCAAUGUGGUGCGAGAUCUGCGAGACCGCGGGCCACGAUAUUCUUACUUGCACCAACAUGUUCGGCUCCGCUGCUGGCGGCCCUGCGUCUGCGGGCCCUGAAGGCGAGAAGCCACUCCCAACCCCACCAACAAUCCACGCUAAAGAAAUUGUCGACGACGAUGACGAGACCAAGACCAUCGCCUCCGAUAGCGACCACAUCGAGCCGCCUCUCAACAUCAACGGCAACGGCGUAUCGCCCGGCUCCGCAUCCUUCAUGGAAGAGGAGGAGCGACGACGGAUCGGCGGUCAAGAGCGGAAGAAGAGCGUGCACCUCCCUGCACCGCCACCAAUGGUCAGCGUUGAUAGCAGCUUUGGCCCCGUUGCUGGGAAGGAGAGCGGCGUGGUGGAGUUGGAUAAAUGGUGCGCCAUGUGCGAGAGGGACGGCCACGACAGCGUCGAUUGCCCGUUGGAUAUGGAUUAUUAG